AUGCGCGCUGCUGCUGUCAUCGCUCUUUUCGCCUCAGUGGCCUUUGCUGCUCCAGCCGACAGCCGUUCUUGCUCCAAAGCCAAGAACACAUGCCCUGUUGUCUUUGAUGGCCGAGUCCCUGCGAACGCCUCUCUCACCGACUUCGACAAGGAGAACGGUGGCGGCUGGAACCCUUACAACCCUGGCUUCGUCAAGGGAAACAACAUUUCCUGGUCCGAGAUCAUCAAGCUUCCUCAGACCACUCCAUCUCGUUUCGAUGUCUCGGGCAAGACCCUCCCUCUCGAGGUCACUAUCAGCGAUAAGAGUAUCUUCAUGAAGCAGCUUGGUUUCAGACGUGCUGGUCUCCAGUUCAGCAAGGACAAGAAUGAAGGCAGCCCUGGUUCUGAGGGUAUCAAGACCCUGCACUUCAGUCUUAUGCAGGACAAGAGCCGACCUCUUAACCUCAGCCACGAGUACCUUAAUGUCUGGCACGAAAAGGCCGAUUUCUCCGGAAACCAGUUCCAGUUCCAGUCUGGUACCAUCAUCGGCCAGAACCACACCGCCGCGACCUGGAAACUGUUUGACGAGAAGAUGAAGUUGCUUUGGGAGACUCCCAUGCUUGAGGGCAAGUGGCAGAACUUUGCCAUUACUCUCAACUUUGACAAGAACACCAUCCAAGCCUACUACUCUGAGGGUUCCAAGGCUCUCAAGGCCGCUACUCAGCCCAUUGCUCGUGACUUGAGUGGACAAGGACAGUACCAGAUUGGCAUGCUCAAGAAGCCCACUGGAACUGAUGAUGUUGCCAAUGCUGGAUUCCAGGAGGCCAACCUGAACGAGGGACUGAUCUAUGGUGGCAUUUUCCUUGAGGACGGCAAGAAUAACUGUGUUUCUCUCUAA